AUGGAAAGCAUGGAUGAUGUCUUAAAGCAAAUACGCUCAGGUCUCACUGAUACAAGUUCUGCACUCCUUAAUUGGAAAGCAAGUUACCUCGCGCUAUCCUCCAUUGUCAAAGGAGUAGAGUCUCAAGCAAGGGCACAAAACAAACCGGUCAUCACCAGUCUGAUCAACAAGUAUAAGGACCAUAUCGACACCUAUCUUCAAAAGGCAAAGGAUGACAUUGAACAAGCUGAGAAAAUCAUGGAAGAAGAAUGGAAAAUACUUGAAAGCGCAGAGCAUGAUUCUACUACAAUGAUGGAUUGUUUAUGUGAACCGAAGACAACGUAA